AUGAAGGGAAAGAGUGUCUCAGAGGCGAAGACUAAAGCCCCAGUUGAUGAAGCCUCACCGUCCCUGAGUCCUGAUCAGACACCAAACCAGCUUUUGGAAAAGAAGAGGAGAGUUCCAACCACAUCGUUGCCAACCUGGUACAAGGAACCAGUGAUCUUCAAAGAUGUAGCUGUAUACUUCAGCCAGAAAGAGUGGCAGCUACUGGAGCCUGCUCAGAAGGGCCUGUACAAGGAUGUGAUGCUGGAGACCUACGAGAACCUGACCUCUGUGGAACAGUAUAUUUUCAAGCCAAAGUUGAUCACCAGGUUGGAGCAAGGAGUUGACCUUUUUGCCAAAGAGAAUGAUGCUCCUGGAGAGCCCCAGCAAGGCGAGGAGGCAGGAGCCAACCGAAGAGACCCCUCUGCAGGGAAGAAGACAGGGAAUAAUUCCACAAAGGCUGAAAUCCGGAAGCCAGAGACUUCUAAGACAGCAUCACUGGAGAAACAGAAAAAGACAGAUCAAGAGGGUGGUUCCCAGAGUCUGAGAGCAGAAAAGACUUCAAAAAGUGACGAGAGGCCAUCUCAAAAUAAGGAGACAUGUGUGCCAACUUCGACGACAGAAGCAGGCAAAGCCGCCGCCCCGGGCGACAAGGAGCGGGACUCCGCAACCCCGGGCACAUCCUCGUCUUCGGGGCAAGCUUCGGCGACGCCGACACCACUGAGCGCUCUGACCCCGGGGCAAGAUGCUCACGGAAAACCGCAGCUGGCGAGCAGUUCCACAAAUGCAAAGCGCAAGCCUGCCCGGCAAGGUAAAAACCACUUCAAAUGCAAGGAGUGCGGGAAGACCUUCAACCAGACGCUCCACCUCGUGGAGCACGAGCGCAUCCACACGGGAGAGAAGCCCCACAAGUGCGACACGUGCGGCAAGUCGUUCCGCCACCUCUCCUACUUCCUCACGCACUACCGGAUCCACACGGGCGUGAGACCCUACAAGUGCAAGGAGUGUGGCAAAGCCUUCAACAGCAGCUCCACUCUCAACAACCACUGCAGGAUCCACUCCGGGGAGAAGCCCUUCCAGUGCAACGAGUGCGGGAAGACCUUCAAGCAGAGCACGAAGCUCACUCGGCACCAGCGGAUCCACACCGGCGAGAAGCCCUACAAGUGUGGCGAGUGCAACAAGUGCUUCGGCCGCAGCUCGUCCCUGAGGGAGCACCAGCGCAUCCACACCGGCGAGAAGCCCUACUGCUGCCAGGUGUGUGGGAAAACCUUCAGGGUCAACUCGCAUCUCUCCGAGCACCAGCGGCUCCAUCUGCAGGUGAAGCCCUUCAAGUGUGAUAAGUGCGGGAAGCACUUCCGGAACAGCUCCUACUUGACGGAGCACAAGCAGAUCCACGUGCCCGGGGCGCGGGUGGACUGCCCGGAAUGCGGGAAAGUCUUCUCGUGCAAGGUGGCCCUCCUCAAGCACCAGAAGAGACACGAGGCCAACUCCAGGUAUCGGUGCAAGGGAUGUGGAAAGACUUUCAGGUGUAAGUCGAGCAUCCAAAGGCACGAGAGGCUGCACGCUGGGGAGAAACCUUUCGUGUGCACCAAGUGUGACAAAGGUUUCACUGACAAAACUACAUUGAAUAAUCACUUGAAAAUCCACUCUGGAGACAGGCCUGAUCCGUGCGCCCAGUGCGGGAGAGCCUUUAAAAAGCUGGCUACCCUGCUGGUUCACCAGAAAAAGCAUAUUCAAAAGAAAGCCGCAAAUGUAUAA